AUGCGCCCGUUACGCAGCCAACCAUGGCCUGUCCACCGUGACGGCACAACAUGGCCAACCGCUGACGGGUCGCAAACCGUGACUGCGGAUUCGCUUGGUGAGAUCUUGGGCGUCUUAUUAGCUGUGCCGCCACGAGGUGGCUGCUUGCAGGCUUCGCUUCCUCACUCGUCAUCUCGUACACGACCCCUACAUGGCCAUCGUUACCCCUGUCGUAUACCGGUGAAGGCAGUCGACAUGGGUCCGGCCCGAUGCGGUCUAGAGGCAACUCCGCUCUUCUCCAGUAGCCUAUCCACAUGCUGGGUACAGUCGAUCCGGGUCGCGCUACUCGAACCCUCAUUUCUGUCCCCUCUGCGCUGUCCUAUCCGCCUCCCGUGGUCCCCGGGAUCCGUCCCAGACUUGUCGUCAUAG